AUGAUCCAAAGUGGCGCUUGAGGCUACAAGUCUAAGUAUUGUCAGCUCAAGAAAAAGUUAGAAGAUGAGUUCCCUGGCCGCCUGGACAUCAGCGGCGAGGGGACCCCCCAGGCAACCGGGUUCUUUGAAGUGACAGUAGCAGGGAAGUUGGUCCACUCUAAGAAGAAAGGGGAUGGCUACGUGGACACGGAGAGCAAGUUUCUGAAGCUGGUAGCCGCCAUCAAAGCCGCCUUGGCUCAGGGGUAAUGUGCCCCGAAGGCAGAGCCCAGGGACCUUGGCUCAGCCCCUCUUGGCAGACGCUUCAUGACAGGAAGGACUGAAAUGUUUUCCGGACACAUGGUCUUUCCUAGAAUCUCUCGUGUCCGCCGGGUGGGGGCAGAGGUUGACGCCCCUGGUCUUUGCCUCUGUGUGUGUGUGUGUGUGUGUGUGUGUCCAUUCCAAGAAUCUAGCUUUUCACACUGGCCCUACUGCCUUCCUGUCCCCUGCUUUUGCUGUCUCUCCCUGCGUUCCCCAUAUCUCCCUUUCCAUCCCCCAGAGUUUGGGGGAGGUCCCGUCUCAAGGGGAGCUAAGAGGGGGAUCAGAAUGAGUGAGUGAGUGAGUGUCUCAGGUUGUGGCAAUGUUUGCAAUGGUUCACAUUCAGUAAACAUUGGAUGAGUUUA